AUGCCCCACUCACCAUCACCACCACCUCGAGGAGGAUAUCGUCGCUCAUACAGAGACGAAUCACCUCCCUGGGCCGCAAGGGAGAGGGAUGACUAUCGAUAUAGAGGGGAGAGCUCGAGGUACAGAGAAUACGACAGACGAGAUCCCAGGGAUGAACCUGGAUACGGCAGUAGAGGUGGAUAUGGAUACGGCAGAGAUAGGGAGUAUGAUUACGAUGGUGGUAGAAGAAGGGGAGGGAGUCCGUUGAGAAGAUCGUUUUCGGUCUCAUCAAGAGAUUACGAUUAUGAUCCUUCACCACCAAAACCUCGACGGUCAAGGUCGAGAUCAAGAUCAAGAUCCAGGUCAAAGUCACGCUCAAGGUCUAGGACAGGCACACCGGAAGAAGGUCAAAUAACUUCACCUCUGCCAUCUUCAAACGAAAAUGCACCUGCCGCUGUGAAGUCUAGCUCAAACCCUGCUGGAUUACCACCUCGACCUAGAUCCCCACCUCCGCCCAUCAGUAGUAGGAGAAGAUCAAGAUCACCUCUCCCUUAUAGGGGUUAUGCGAGAGAAAGGGAAAGAGAGAGGGAUUGGCGCGAUAAAGAUAAAGAUAGGGAUUAUUACUAUAGGCGAUCCCGAUCACCUUAUUCGCCUCCACCCGUGAGGAGGAGAGGAGGAAGAUCACCUUCCAUCGUUUCCUCCAUAUCCACCAGAUCACCUUCUUCCAGACCAUCUCCCGUAAAGCGAUAUCAAUCAAGGAGCAGAUCUCCCGAGAGACCUCCAAGACAAAGAUCAAGAUUCCCUUCUCCUGCUCCAGUUUCCACCCCCAUUACUCCUGCACCUCCCCCACGUCCUAUACCGGUUGCUGUACCACUAUCAAAUAGUUCGAUAGGUAAACCUAUGCUGAACAAAAUACCACCUUCGGCACCUCGUUCAGAGAGAUUACCAAUACCAGGCUUACCGCCUACCGGACCUAGAGCGUUGGCUCAUCUGAAUACACCUGUUCCUGUACCACUGGGUCGUACGUUGGGUAUGAAUCGAUCAAUCCCACCAACGGCUCCCGCUCCCGUUGUAAAAGAAGAAAUCAGACCUUCACCCUCAACUCCUUCGGCUGGAUUAUCAGAUCCAUCAAAACCACCACCAACUGCCGGAGGGGUGACGGGCACACCGAGAUUAUCGUGGUCAGAAAGGAAAACUCUCCUCUCACCAUCAACAUCAACCAGUAUAAAUCAAAGCACCACUCCCGAACCUACUACAAUCAGUCCUACACCUACACCCACGCCCGGUCCAGUAGUGAUCAACCCAUAUACUGGAAAACCAUUCGGACAAGCUCGUGCUGCUGCAGCUCAAGGUAACUCAUCCCCUGCUGCAUCAAGCACUCCAAGUAUAAUGGAAGAUAUCAAACCUAAGAUAGAUGAAAUAGAUGCUCGUCCACCUACUCCGCCAGUGAUUCAUCAGGAUGCGAAACCUUCCAUCGAACCUACCUCAACGCUUACCCGUCCCAAUCCACCUACAGGACCUUCGCAUCGAACUUCGUCAGUAUCGGUACCGGUACUCGUACCGGUUGUCAGUGAGGCUGAGUUGGCAGAAAGGAAGGCUAAAGAAGAGGAAAGUAGGAUAUUAGCCGAAUUACCAAGUUUGAAAGUUCCGUUUGGUGGAUUAUCAUGGGAAAUUGAGUUAUCGAAUUAUAACCACCGAAUGAUAAGUUUAUCGAAUAAUACUCUACGUGCUCAAUCUGCAGCGAGACACGCAGCUAUGAUCUUAGCUGAUGCUGAAGCUGAGAGGAUAGCAGCGGGAGAAAGGAGGAAGAUUUGUGAAGAUCAAUUGUUGAGUUUCAGCGUGGGCAUCAUUCCUGGUGUAUAG